CGCGGGCGCUGACAGGGAGGUGACCGUGUGCUUUUGCCUCGUCUUUUCGUCGUCUACAGAAAUCCUGUUUUUGUUUAUCUCAGUUUUGCUGACGACGACGCGACGUUUCCUACGGUUCGGAUAUAAACAGGAAAUUUAGACUCACGGUGACUGUGUUGCAAAUGUGAUUAAAUAUUCUCGCCGUUGGCACUAAUUAGAACAUAAUGUCAACAUGACACGUUGCAUUAAUAGUUCGUACAAACUGCUUUGCGUGUGAUAGAUGACUAAUCAGUAUUGACACACCUCUUCUGUACGAAUAGAGCGCCAUCCGGAAAAUCUCCCAGGAAACAGGUGGAAAGCACAGGCAAACAAACCACCAUAGCAUGUUCGACCGCCUGGCAGCGCUGUAGGAUGUUUUAGUGUACGAGAGUUUGGACCGCGAGCUCGGAGUCCGGCCUGCCAGAAUGUCGGGCUUCAAAGUUGGGCUGGGACUGCGCCGGCGCACUAGUUACCGGGAGGGUUUAGCGAUGGACAGCGUGGUGGAGGGCGCAGCCCACGACACUCCGCGCAAACACUCCUUUAAAACCAACAUCCAAGUUCCAAACGUGAAACUCAAGAAGUUCCGUAAAUAUGACACGUUCAUCUGGCUCCGCGAACCGCACAAGGACAGUAGCAGCAACCCGGACCGACCCCUCAACAGGCUUCGCUCACUCAACUCACUGUAAGUUGCUCGCCCUGAAUAUUUCGUGCAGUACUGGUAAGUUUCUGAUAUAUUUAAAAGGAAAAAAAGAAGAAGAAGAAGAAGAUGAAGGCGAAGACGAAGGCGAAGAAGAAGACGAAGACGAAGGUGAAGGCAAAGGCAAAGGCAAAGGCAGAGGCAGAGGCAAAGGCAGAGACGAAGACGAAGACGAAGACGAAGACGAAGAAAAACAACAACAAAAAUAAUGACAAACACAAUAAUUAAAAGUGAUAAAAUAGUAAUAAUAACCAUGCUAAAAAUAUCAAUUACGCAGUUAUCAUUAAUAGGAUGGUAUUUCACAUUUGAUCAUAUCGGUGGCCAGCGGUGUGAAUCAC